CUUUCCUUCCCAAUUCUCCACUUUUCGCUCCCUCGCUCCCCAACACGACGCGAGAGAGAGAGAGAGAGAGUAAGAGAGAGAAAGAGUAGAGAGAGAGAGAGAGAGAGAGAGAGAGAGAUGAUAUGGGAUACCAUAUCAUGGGGCUUCGUCUCCUCCUCUUCUUCAUCUCCACCCACACCGUAAUCUCCGCCUCCGCAGGACAAACGAAAGGGCUUUGUACAUCUCCUGGGGGGCGAUUCCCUCCAUUUUCAAACGAAGGGAAGCCUCCUAGAAGAGCACCGAAAGGACCAAGAGACUUGACGCUCUGUAGGGUCUUCCGGCAAAGUACAUGUUGUGAUGUAACCCAGACUUAUCCUGCCUUGUUGUCUGUAAGAAAGCUGGCUUCGACUGGAGAGGGAAGCCAAGAAUGUUUGCAUUUAUGGGAGCUAUUGGAGUGCUCCAUUUGUGACCUGCAAGUAGGAAUUCGGCCCGGGCCACCUACAAUAUGUGCCUCCUUUUGUGAUAUGGUUUUUGAGGCCUGUUCAAAUGCUUAUUAUUCUGUCGAUAUAAAGAAUCAGUUGUUGUCUCCAUGUGGCUUAAACGACAUAGUCUGUGGUAGAGCGAGCGAAUGGGUCUCUAACGGUACGGAGCUCUGUCACCUUGCGGGUUUCGCUGUGCAACCGGCUAAUAAUAAUAUUGGUUUUGAGAGUGUCGAUGAGCCUUUCUGCUAUGGUGGGAAAGCAAGCUUGCAUUCGAUCUCUGAUUCAUGGAGGGCUUCUUCACAAGCUCGUUCGGAUUCGCCCACCUUGAACUCGAUAUUGCUCGAAGACUUUCAACAAUGGUUGAGGGAUAUGCCGCUUAGUGAAAAGGUUUCAUGGGCAGUUGGAGGACUGGUGCUUACUGCAGGGCUACUUGUUAUCAGCAAAAGGAAGAGCUAUAGCCAACGGCAGAAGCAAGCGGCUAUCCUUCGCACCGCUCGGAGGCUGGAAGAAAAAGCCAAGCAGCGGUCACCUAAUCCAAGGAGAUAGAAGUUCCAGAAAAUUAAUGUACUCUUUUUUCUUUUUUUUUUUGUUUCCUCUCACUCUCCACAUUCUUAGUUUUUCGUCUUGUUCCCAUGUUAAACGGUGUUUGUUGGCGGAAGCAAACCUCUCUUACUUAAAUCAAAUCUGAUCCUAAAAGCUACAAAUUCUGCGAUCGGACGGGGUAUAUGCACUUUGUAGAGAACUGAUUCAAAUUUGUAUCAUGCUAUGUCCAUUUAGUUUUUAAGGAUCCAAAUCUGGUUUCCGCGUUAGGACUUGGAUCAGGUUGGUCUGUUGAUAUUUCCACCAAGGAAUCUAGUUUUACACCAAGUUCUCUGCUUCCAAAUCAUUUUUAAUUUUACUUCUAUUUUCUUGUUUGCUGAUUUUGUUGGAAAGAAUUGUGAACAGUUGUGAUA